AUAACUUAACGGCGUGUUUGGAUAAGACAAUUUGACAGGGUAAAUAAUUUUUUUCCUCUCACGAACGAUCUCUUUCGCCAACGUUAUUUUCUCUCUCCAGGAGGUAGGGCUGCUUAUAUAUAACCUUUCAAGACCCCACUAAAUGGGGAGCUUUGUGCUCUUGGUUGCCCAUUAUUCCAUACCAUUGUAUCCCAGUUUGCUUUGAAAGCAGGUCCAGAUUUAAUUUUCUGCAGUUUGCAGAAACAUACUAGUUUGUCUCCAAUAACUUGUAAGCAGAAAAGGGAUAUAAUGGUAGGAGAUACUAAGAUUUUGGAUGAAGAUGACACUCGGAACAAGAAGGAAAGUUCUCUGGUGAAGAUAAAAGUGUUGUUUUUUGCUAGAGCACGUGAUCUCACUGGCUUGAGUGAGAUGCCAUUGGAGGUGCCAUCUGGAAGUACUACUCAUGAUUGUUUGAAAAAGCUUGUUGUGAAGUUUCCAGGUUUGGAAGAAAUCAGAGGGUGUAUGGUCUUGGCUCUGAAUGAGGAGUAUACAAACGAGUCAAGCAUUGUUAAAGACACAGAUGAGUUGGCCAUAAUACCUCCAAUUAGCGGUGGCUGAACAACUUAAUAUCAGUGCAGGGUAUUUCUACUUUUUGUACUGCAGUAAAUAUUCUGAAAACAAAAUGAAUUUCAGUAAAUGCUGAUAAGUUUAUAUCUCAACUAGGGUAAUUUUAUUGAUGUGCAAUCCCAAGAGGUUAACCUUUCUCAACAUAUAUGUGAAGACCACUAAGUUUUCUUAGUAAACGGUUUAAUCAUGAAGUUAAUUAAAAAGUAAUAAUUUAACGAAAGGGCUCAACCUCUUGGGAACUUAGCACUCAAUGAAAUUGCCCUGCUAUUAGAACUGUUGUAAUUUGUGAACAAAAACAAAUGUAAUGAUAGAUUUAAAUGCUAGAUUUAUAGUAAUUCAACAUUGAGACUUUUCUUUGUUCAAGAGAAAAUGAGAAAACUUCAUUUGUCA